AUGGACUUCCUUCGCGAAGUAGUCGAUCAAGGUCGACGAGCCGCGGUCGACGCCUUGAGUGGUGGCAGAAUCGAGAAAGACUCGCCAUUCUCGCCUGAGGUGCCAGACGAUCUCCGUGGAUGGCUGCCUGACUUGUUCGAUCGCUUCCCCAUAGUCUUCCCCUGGGAGCGCCCUAAACCAAUAGACCCAGCAGUGCACAAUGUUUGGAUCUUGGACAACACAGCCUUCAAGGUUCCGCAAUUAGGGGAUAUCAGACAUGAGCUUGCCGACCCGAAUGUGGCACAGCCGCAGAGAACGACCAACCCGCAACAGCGGAGUGAUGUAGCGGACACGGAUGCUGGAGCAUGGGAGGUUGAGUUCGUAGCAUGCUACUUCAUCAAGAACUCUGGACGAGGUGUUGCCGGCGUCACCGCUGCGUUGAUCAAGCAACUGCAGCUUGAUGAGGACGAUGUGGCGACCAAAAAGCGAAUCGCUUCCCGUCUGGAACCUUUCCUCGACACUGUAUUGCCUCGCCACACAGUCCGCAUAUCGAUUGACAACCAGGAAGAACAGACCCUGGGCCCGUCUUCUUACUCUGGAAUCAGUUCUGCUCUACAUCAACUUCACUUCAAGCCAUCGUCUGCACAAGUAACAUCCAAUACCCUCAAUCUGCCGCCUCCGUUUGGCCUGCCCAGCCGGACGGUGCUUGGGGAAGAACAAGGAUGGGCUGUAAUCAGUGAUAUCGACGACACAAUUAAGAUCACGCAGACUCCGAGCCCCAUCGGCAUUUUACAGAACACUUUCACUGUGGAGACACCAGCGCCGGUAGCGGGUAUGCCGGAGCUGUAUGCUCAUAUAAGGCAAGACCUCGACAACCCAACUUUCUUCUACCUAUCCGCAUCGCCAUAUAGUCUGUACCCAUUCCUUCGCCAGUUCCGAGAUGCUCACUACCCGCUUGGGACUCUCAUACUUCGCGACGCUUCGUGGCAGAACCUUGGCGGACUCAUAAUGUCACUCCAGCAGAAUACGAAAGAGUACAAAGACGACCGCAUUGCUAAGAUUCACGGUUGGUUCCCGCAACGAGAUAUCGUCUGUAUUGGCGACUCAACCCAAUCCGAUCCUGAGGCCUACGGUGAGGCAGCUAGGAGAUACCCUGGUUGGAUCAAAGCAAUCUUUAUUCGGAAGGUGACCGGUAUUGCGGGCAUGGAUGAGGAGAAGAAGAAUGCAUCUGAGCGUUUUGAGAGUGCGUUCACUAAUCUUGACAAAACGCUGUGGCACGUGUUUGUCGAGCCGAGUGAGGUAGCAGAGAAGAUUGACAAACUGGUCCGGACGAAAGGCAUUCGCGAAAGUGGCGAUUAG